AUGUCCGCAUUCAUCCCUCUGAACCUUACAGAAGACCCUGCCACGUCCAAGAAAGAUUUGGAGGAGGAACAUACGCGAGAAAUCCAAAUCGAACAAGCGUUCAAACUCUUUCAAAAAGCACUUGAACUUCAAAAGAAAGCUGAGUAUAUCGAGGCUUACCAUCUCUAUGAAGAUCUCUUCAAACUAGAAGUCAUCUCCAACCAUUACUACGAGGAGGAAGACUACAUAAAGGGUCUUCAAAACGGAGGCUCGAACAAUGUGGUUGAUGAAUUAUCAUUCUUGUCCCCCAACGUGAAAUUGCUUAGAUACUUGGUGUUUCGAAAUAGAGGAUUCCUCUACUACAACAUUCUCAAGGAGGGAAUCGAACUAGAUCUGACCGACAACAAACAAGUGUUCUACUCCUUGAUCGAUGACCUUAUCAUUUGCUUUAUCUAUCAAGAAGUUGACGAAGAAAUUCUCAAAGUUCUCUAUCAAAUCUUUUCAUAUUUAAAGAUUUUGAGAUUAGAACGAUACACAAUUGAAUAUUCAUUGGCUAGUUCCCUGGAAAGUGAAGAUAUCUUGGGGUUAUUACCCAAAGAUCGUGGUCUGAUUAAGAAAUUAAACUUAUUUUGGAAUAAGUUAUCGAGUAUGAAUGCUCCAAUUCCCUCCAUUUUUGAACAAAGUUUAGCAUUUCUUGAACCAAUAAGAAAAGAUUUUGAAGAUCAAAAGGAGAAAACACGGAAAUUAAUAAAGUUGGAUGUGGAAGUUGUAAAGGGGAACAUUGACAAAUUGACAUGGAUUCUGGUUAUUGAGAAUAUCAACGCUACAGUGAAGAAAAUGAUGGAUAAGGCAAAGGGUCCAGAUGUAGCUAAAUCCAAAAUGAAGGAUAUAGAAGGGUAUCUUUUAUGUGAGACUCCAAUAGAGAGAAUUAAUUUUGAAUGUGAGAAUGAUCAGAUGAAAAUAAAUGAAGAGAAUGAGCAUAAAGAGGAGAGUGGGGAUGAUGAGCAUAAAGAAGAUGAACUUAAAGAGGAUGAAGAUAUGAAGAAUGAAGAGAUAGAUGACAAGUUGGUUGAAGAGAGAGAAGAUAAGUUGGAUGAGGAAAUCAUAGACGAAGAUGAUGAAACAACAGUUUCAAAAGAAUUCGAUAUACAAGUCGAGGAAGAACCCACCAAACUUGCUAAUGAUAAUGAACGUGAUGAAAAUAAUAAUAAUAAUAAUAAUAAUAAUGACAAUGAUUCGUCGGAUAACGAGGAAUUUUUCGAGGCAGGGGAAGAAUUGCCGAAAGAGUCUUACCCACUAGGGCACACAGAUACCACAGGGAGUAAGCCCGACAUCCAGGAGAAGGAGGAAACUCCAGGAGAAGGUCCAAAAGAUGAAGGUGAAGAAGAAGUGGAAGAGGCAGACCCCCUGGAGACUGAAACUAUAACAUCUCCAAAAAGAUCCAAACCUGCUACAGUCACUCCAUCGAUAAAAAGAUCCUCCAAACGGUUACGAGUGGAAGAACUCGCACCAAUUGAAGACGUUGAGAUUACUGCAGAGACCUUUGUUGAAACCAGUAGGAAUUUCACAACCAUCAAUGCAUAUUUGUCAAAACUCUCUCUUCUUUGCCAAGAUACCAAACUGGAAUGGUUUGACAAUGAACCAUUCCAAUUACAAGAUGUAGUGGAUCUAUACUUUGCACAUGAAACGGUCACAGAGCCUAAAUCUGCUUCUCUGCAGUUUCUUCGGGCACUCUCUGAAUGGAAUAAAUCCUACACAACAUUGUUUAUCAAUUCAACGAUCACUGGAGCCAAUUCAGACACCGCUGAGGUUGAAAAACAAAGACUUCUAGACGUGCUCAACUCUUUCGAAAUGCAAACUAGCCUCGAUCUUGAAUCCACAUCUGAACAAGACACUCCUUCGGAUAUAAUUGCCUUCUUGAAACAACUCAAUGAAUCCAAUAUGCACUUGGAAGAUGUAAAAUAUGCCAUUCUUCAUCGAUUACUUGUGGGUGUCAAUGCCGAGUUCCCUCCCAUUGCCUAUGUGAAAUGGAACCCUAAACUCAUAAAAUUGGUUAAAGAAUGGGUGCAACUGGGAGAAACUAUGAUCCUCAAUAGAUGGCGGGGUAGUCUUUGGAGUAAUGAACACCAGGAGAGCGAAGACAAUCGAUUGACCUUCUCAGUGGGGGUGUUUGAAAUCUUGGUUGACUUGUACAUGAGUCUCAGAUCAAACCUCACGAAUGCGUGUAAUAUUGCCAAGAGACGUCCACCUCUGAAAUCUAAUAGAUUUUUGAUCAAUUCCUUACAUUUGGAAAGUGUGAAACUUCAUGACAAGAUGGAAAGAUGGAAUCUCUUUAUUGAUGACUUGAUCGCACAAAGGGGCGAGAAUAAUGUCUCGAAGAAUGACCUUUACCGGUAUAAAUGGGCCAUCACGUUCAAGGAAAAGGCUACUGGGAAUCCUUACAAUGGGAAAAUGGUCACCACUUUGUUGUACGAACUCACAGAUGAGAUAAAGUCAAGCCACGACGAUGUUUGCUUAGAACUACCAAACUAUGAACAUAUAUCGCGACUCAGUGAAGAGUCGAUCAAAUCAAGAUUGAACACUACCGAGAUAUUGUCAGUUUUUUCAAGGAUUUUAAACAAUGAAUACGAUAGCAAGAGGUUGCUUGAAGAUAUUUUAUUCAAGACUCAGCAUGAACAGGAAGAAACAACUUUGAAAAUCAAGGAAUUUCUUCUUGGGGCUCAAGUGGAUAUGACUGUUAGUUUAUGGAAUAUCUUAUUUCUGAUCUAUAGUAGAGAUACUUCCAUCGGAGGCAUUCAACUUGGAUUCGGAUAUUUCCUUGAGUUUCUUAUUGAGUAUAUCACUUCCCAUGACUUACAGCCUAACGAUGUCAUCAAGGUUGUUGGGUGUUAUGGAGAUUACCUAUUGGCCUUUCUUACUCGGUUGCAAGCGAACAAUUGGGAUUUGGUGGUCAAUCAAUUUGAUAAAGGGGUACACCCAGCAAAGACAAUCCACAAUCUACUCAAGAUGUUUAGCCUUCUUUAUUUGUUUAGUUUGCAUGAAGAGGCAGCCAUGAUUAACAGUACAAAGACUUCUAUCAUGAAACAUUCAAUCAAGGCGUAUGGAAAGCUCAAGGACAUCUUUGUUCAAACCCUCUCUUUGCUAUUUAUUUAUCUUAAAUUCAUGGAAAAAAGUUGUGGAGGGGAUGCUAACCUGCGGAUUCAUUCGUUGGUGGUAACUCUUCAUGAACAACUUAGACUUCGUCGACUUUGUGAUGCCGGUAAUGGUCUUUUCUUGGACCUUGCUCAGGACGUUCUUUCUGAGGUCAACUCCGCGAAUGUCUGUGCAGAAGCCGACCUUAUGCAAGUUAUAUCCUGUCGUUAUCAUUAUAACCUCACGUUUGGGAAAUUCACACCAAUGGAUCAUGAAACUACGAAAACAGGCGAGCUUGAUAUGAACUCUACAUUUGAAUUAUCACAGCUUAUUCUCCCUCUUUGUUUCAAAACCAAUCCAAUUUUGCAACCUCCGAAAGCGGAUAUGAAGAUGAUAAUCGAUGCAUUCAACGAGGUCGUUGGAGAGCCUGAUAUUGAUAAUCUUCCAGUUCUUAGUAGAAAUAACCAACUCUUGGAAUAUUAUUUGAGUUCAACGUCACUCUCUCCUAAAUUCUUGCGUGACUCUUUCCAUGGUCUUGCAAAUGUUGGCUUUGAAGUGCCUUCUUCAACCGGCGAACCCCGUAUUAAAAUCGUUCAAGAUGGCUUAUACUAUCUACAGGGACUCCUCGUGUUCACUGCGUACAAAAUAAGAAAGAAGUCUAUGCAAAGUAGGGCUGUUGAGUUGGAAAACAUUAUUAAUUUGUUGAAAAAUGAUUUAAUAUUUGGUAGUAAUCGAGUGGAGAGUUGGUUCCUAUUGGCACAAGCUUACGGCUAUUUGGUAGAAGACGAUUUGAUUUGGACUUCUGAUAAAUUAAUUUUCCCUGAAAGAAAGACUACAACCGCCAAUCUUCAGAGAAGAUCGUUGAUCUGUUAUCUGACAGCCAUCAACGAAGCAUUGAAGCAAUCGCCAGUUAAUGGAACAUCUGCUGUCCUUGGUAGCAUUAUGUCCCAUUUUGCAAAGGAAAUGUACAAUGCAUGUAUGCCACCUAUGGAGAUGCAUUCAUUCCGUGUUUUACAAAACCCCAAGUUUAUUAGGAAAGCAACAGGUGCAAGUUUUGUUUCUGUCUCUGAAAAUUCACCAACAAAAUUAAGUUUAUGUUACAAAAUCAUGCAACAAUCGCUUCAUUUGGCGAUCAAACAAAACAGCAAAGAUUGGACAAAUUUUUAUUAUUUGUCCAAGAUCCAACGUAAACUUCAAUUGGAUCCACAACUAGUAUUACAGACUCUUCAAGAAUCUUCCGAUUUGGCUAAAGUGCAAUCUAAUCCGUCGGACCCAAUAGUGGAACCACAUUAUCGAAUGUGCUCCGUGGCGUACAAGUACGUGAAAGAAGGGAAAUUAUCAACCAAUGAAGCGGUAAAAUAUUUGAAAGAAGAUCAAGUUGUUGGGUCAGUUAAGAUUGAAGAGCUGAUUGAACUGGAGAGUGAUCUGAAUUCAGAAACUAUACCAUUGGAAACGUUCUAUAAACAUAUAAUUCAAUGUCUUAAAAAGGUCAUGGCUUAUGACAAGAAGAAGUGGCACCAUAAGCCAAAGUAUAGACUUGCCUACAUUCUAUUUUAUGACUUGCACGAUACUGCAGGUGCGAAGGAAGAAAUGAGUUCAAUUGUAUCUUUAAAGAUAACCAGUAAAACAUUAGUUCUGAUUUGGAAACCGGAAAAUGAACGACCUGGUAAGCAUUUCCAUUACACUUAUGAAUAUGCAGUGUUUUAUAUAAUCUUGCUAACGAAGGAAUUGAACUUGACCGGCCUUAUCCAAAUGCUCCCAAAGUUAAGAAGAUCGAAUUCCACAAUGAUAUCUCUUUCCACCGCUUGGGAAUCGCUUUGUUCGUCGAUUUGUCGACUUGUACGAAACCUGAUUGGAGUCACCGAGAACUUUACGGAAAACUUCUUGCAAACUUCGUCGCAUAAUAAGUUUGUUAUCCAUUCGAAGGCGUUGUUGGAACGUAUUCAUAAAGAUGGGAAAAUUGCGCCCGAGUACGAAAUUUAUACAUGCUUUUUAUUUGCAAUCAGUGAUAUGAAAAAGUAUAAUAAUGGAUAUGGACCUACUAGUCUCAUCGAUGAUACGAUAGUGGCAGUUUAUAUGAGAGUCUAUUUAAAUUUCACUGAGAGUCAUCUGUUGUCAAUUGGAAGAGAUGAGACCGCAUCGCCUUCUUCAAAGCCAAAGAAAAUGGCUAAAAGAGACGUUUUCCCUUUAAUUGCGGAAAUCUUGAAGACUUCCCGUAGAGAAAUUGAAGAAUUGUUAAAGGAGAAGACUGAUAUAUAUAACGAGUUCAUCCAGCGGGCUGCCAAGGAGAGAGAGGAAAAGGAGAAAGAGGAAAAGGAGAAAGCUGAAAAGGAGGAGGAAGAGCGUAAAAGGAAAGCAAUUGAAGCUAGUACUGCCUCGUCUGCUGUUGCGACUGCAACAACUGAAACCCUGGGAAUUUCUAAUAUUGAGGUGGAGGAGUCUAUACGGCCGGUCAAUGGAGAUCCUGCUCAACCUGUGGAAAGAACACCAACUCCUCAAAUAUUGAUUGAAGCUACAGGGGACAGAAUUCCCAAAGAUAUGGCGGAGACUCCAGUAGAAUCAAUAGCGAUAGUGCCUCUGGGUGAACAAGUUUCAUCCAGUCAACCGACCGUUUCAGAUAUUGUAGAAAUCGAUGAAAUUGUGCCGUCCAAGGAAGAAUCUGAGAAAAAGAGAAAAGCAGAGGACAAUGAUCCGAGCGCAGAAAAAAAGCAAAAGACUGCCAGUGAAACUGUUAUAAUUGACUAG